UAGCGCGAAAUUCUUUAACAUUUGGAUGCAGUUAUUGUAGUAAGGAAAGAAGGGUACAAGAGAAGGAAAUUUCGGGUCUUGCAAGUAUUAGAUUAACAAGAGAGAUAAAUUCUAUGCUAAAAUAGUUAAAUUUUGCAACAUGAAUGUGACAUUUAUUUUUGACAAAAAUUAUAUUGCAUGCACAUGUAAAGAGAAAAAGGGUUCGGUUAUGGUUUGAUGAAUAGAAACAUCGCCACUGACGUUGUAGUAGUGUGCAGUGUGUUCAAAUGGUGUUUCUGUCACUAGUUGUUCAUGUUGAACCAGCAACAUAAGAUUCUGUCACGAAACCUGUCGAUGGUCGGAAUCUGACAGAAAAUGAAGAAUCUCAGAUAUUGUUUCAGUUGGGCGUUUGUCAUUAUAUUCAUUCAUGUAAAUGUACUUGUCACUCCAUAUCUCACUCGUGCAGAAGGGUUUGAUUCUGUGAUCCAGUACCCACGUUCCAGGUGGAGAAGAACCCGAACUAGAUCCAAAUGGGUUCUUUAUGUCGGUGAUUAUGGUGCGAAAGGCGAUGGUAUUCACAAUGACACUGAGGCCUUCCUGGGGGCUUGGGGAAUCGCAUGUUCUCUCGCUGGAUUUGUAAAUCUUGUUUUUCCAUCUGGGGAAACUUUUCUUAUCUAUCCAGUGGACAUUGGUGGGCCUUGUCGAUCUAAGAUUAUUUUGACGAUAUCAGGUACAAUAGUUGCACCUCAAGAUCCUGAGGUGUGGCUUGGUUUGAAUCAGCGAAAAUGGCUUUACUUCCAUGGGGUGAAUCACCUCACUGUUGAUGGUGGAGGGAGUGUCAAUGGAAUGGGAGAGGAAUGGUGGGCCAGAUCUUGCAAGAUCAACUCCACAAAUCCAUGUCAUCCUGGUCCAACGGCUCUGACUUUUCAUAGAUGCAAGGAUCUAAAAAUUAGAAAUCUUAUGCUGAUAAAUAGCCAACAAAUGCACUUGUCGUUCACUAACUGUAUGCGGGUUGUUGCAUCCCAUCUCAAAGUAUUAGCACCUGCUUCCAGCCCUAAUACUGAUGGAAUCCAUAUUAGUGCAACAAAGGGAGUGCAGGUCAGGGAUAGUGUAAUUAGAACAGGUGAUGACUGCAUUUCAAUAGUUAGAAAUUCUUCACGGGUCUGGAUCAAAAACAUAUAUUGUGGUCCUGGACAUGGGAUAAGCAUCGGUAGCUUGGGAAAAUCAAAUAAAUGGGAGAGUGUGCAAAAUGUAAUUGUGGAGGGAGCUUACCUUUACAACACAGAUAAUGGGUUGAGGAUCAAAACUUGGCAGGGUGGUACUGGUUUGGCCUCCAAGAUCACCUUCCAGAAUAUAUUGAUGGAAAAUGUGUCCAAUCCAAUAAUAAUAGAUCAAUACUACUGUGAUUCGCAACAUCCAUGUGAAAACCAGACUUCGGCUGUUAGCGUGGAGAAUAUAUCAUUCAUUGAUAUACAAGGAACUUCAGCCUCUGAAGAAGCAAUUAAAUUUGCUUGCAGUGACGUUUCUCCAUGUGAAGAUCUAUAUCUUGAAAAUAUUUUUCUUGUAUCAUGCUUUGGAGAAAAUACUAACUCUUUCUGCUGGCAAGCUCACGGUUCUGCUCGGGGUUUCUUGUAUCCUCCUACUUGUUUCUCAACCAGUGAUGAUUUUAUUAGACAAAAUAUCUUCGUAGAGUCAAACCAUGCUAUUCAUUCCGUUUGAAUUGAAGGUAUACAGAUUAAAGGUAUUUACGUGUAGAAUAAAAUGAGUAUGCGAGUUCCUUAGAAAUUAGUUUGUACUCUAUCGUUUAAAGGGAAGGUAGAUAUGAUCACUUUUGAUCCAUUUUGAAGGUUUUGAAGUCCAGAUUUAUGUUCAGAUGAAAUAAUCAUUGUU